GCGGCAACAUUGCUUAUUGACACACCCAGCUGUGCUUCAUGACUGUUUACUGUUUACUUCCAAUUUUUUUCAAAUUUACUGCUUGUUUUAGUUUUGCAUGAGUACACAUUUUACUCAAAACCCAUAAAACUUACUAACUUCCAAAAUGAACCCGCUCAACUGCCUUUUACUGCUCAUUUUAGGGCAGUGUGUUUAUUAUGCGACUUCUCUAGAGUGCUAUGUUUGCGACAGCCAAGAAGAUAACAGCGAAAAAUGUGUUAAAACUAUCCAAACAUGUAAUUAUGGGGAAGAUGUUUGCCUUACAGAGAUUCGAUGGGGCUCCACUCCAUAUUGGCAGCAAGGUGCUUUGAAGCAAUAUUAUAUUUCAAAGAGAUGUGCAACGAAAGACAAAUGUGAAAGAUACAGAAGCAGCAACAUGGGAAGUUGUACGCACAUUUGGUAUGAGGACUGGAAGUGCUCUGAAUGCUGCAAAGGCGAUAGGUGCAACUAUUAUAUUAUAUCGGCAGGUUCAGUUCUCAGCCGAACCACAUUACUAAUAACAUUCGCGUCGUAUAUUUUAAGUAAGUUGGUGUUGUGAGACCAAAUGUAUACUACCAGAAAGUGCAAAUACUGCGACAGCGCCGCACAUUUAAUUGCAAUUCAGUCUUAGGGUUCUCUUUUUUAAUCUGAAUGUUCUGUGAUAUUCAAUUUUUAAAAUGUAUUUUGUGCCUUAAUUGUUAUUUUUUAUAUUGUGACUACUAAGCAACAAUUCCGUCCAAACAUGACUUAAUUAUUUAAUUAUGUAUUCUUUAGGAACGAAAUCAGUCUCUAAUAAAUAACAUCGUAUAAGAUGAAACAAAAACCUUCGAAUAUAUUUUGUGUACCUACAGUUGUGUCUACAAUUAACCUGGUAUCUAAGUACACAGCCUGAGGUUCCUCAUUUCUUUUGGUAAUAAUGUCGCUUUUUAUUAUGUCCACUGUCCAAUUAUGUGGAUUGUUUAUUACAUUUUAUAUUAUGUAUGUUUCUAUUACAUAUGUGUGUAUGCUAAACACGUCCUAAGUUAAGUAAAAUUUCAAUCAACUAUAUAAAAAUAAACGAAUGUUUUUCUACCUA